AAUCAUUCUUGUGAGUAUAUCAUGCAUCCCAAACAACUUCUUUCUCGUACCCACUCCUGUGGUAUUAGCCAUUAGGCACAUGAAAAAUCAAAGCCAAAGCCUAGGAAGACAGAGAUCCUUUGUCAGCAGGAGAGCACAUCACUCACCACCUCCAAGUUCAAAAGCACCUCUGACACAUCUUACCAUUUCAUUUCAUUCAGGAUCUGAUUAGGAACCAUCUGAAGAAGAGAUAAUGGUUACAGGAAAAGGUGCCAAAGGUCUGCUUACUGGGAAAUCCUCCACCCCUGUUCCCAUUUCUGCUAAUAAUGGUAGCAAAUCUAUCAGUAAAGGAAAGGCCGAUAAGAAGAAGCCCAUCUCUCGUUCAUCUCGUGCAGGCCUCCAGUUUCCUGUGGGGCGUAUCCACCGUGUGUUAAAAUCUAGAGUUUCUGGAAAUGGGAGAGUGGGGGCAACAGCAGCAGUAUAUUCAGCAGCCAUAUUGGAGUACCUGACAGCAGAAGUUCUGGAAUUGGCAGGAAAUGCUAGUAAAGAUCUGAAGGUGAAACGUAUCACUCCAAGGCAUCUGCAGCUUGCUAUCAGGGGAGAUGAAGAGCUUGACACUUUGAUCAAGGGUACCAUAGCAGGUGGAGGUGUUAUCCCUCAUAUUCACAAGUCACUUAUUAACAAAUCCACCAAGAAAGAUUAGCUUUUUGUACUUUGGGUAGAGUUUACCUCCAAGAAAGAUCAGCCUUUUUGUACUUUGAGUAGCGUUUAACAUUUCAUUAUGAAACUUUAAGAGUCUUGGGAUUGAUGUACUGGUUAUUUCAAGACUGGUGUAUUCCAGCUCCCUUGUUUUGUAAUAUGGCUUAGUAUGAUUAGUUAUUGUCACUUGAUUUCACUAUUUUUGUGACAUUGAAAGACAAUUUCAUUUCCUGAAAUCACAGAGCCUGUCCAGAUGGUUUUGAUAAGUCAA